AUGUCUGCAACCGUUGACCUGGCGGGCUCAUCGCCCAAUGUCACAACCCGUCAAACUCGCAGCUCAACCCGUCAAGCACUCUCAUCAGUUGCUCCACUCCUGGAAAGAGACCAAAGUCCAGACUCGUCCUCCAAGAAGCCCCCGAUAGGCCUGAUACCAUCAGAGUCCUUCAUAACUAAGAUUCCUCUUCCCAGCGAACACCGGGAUGCCCUGGUCUCCAAACGUGACUGGCUCACAUCUCAUACCGUCUCCCUUCCCCAAGAUGUUGUUCGAUCCAUCAAUCUCAACCCUGAUACAUACUUCAAUCCUGUUGAUGCAACUUAUGUCUUUGCUCAAGCUGAUGCUGGCACUGCAGUCUGCAUCUCUCCCGACGGUGUCCUCCUUACCUGCGCCCACUGCAUUGCAGAGAAGCCAUCUGAGCUUACCACCAUGCCUUGGCACGUCCUCAUAUCCUCAAGCGGAAACAUUGUAUUCACGAGAGUAAUCUCGUGGGAUCCAGUGCGAGAUCUUGCCCUUCUCCUUAUCGAUCAAGCCCAGUCACCUCAUAGACCCUUCCCUCACAUCCGCAUCGCAUCAACCCCUCCCAAAUUCAACUCCAAGCUCUUGUGCAUAGGACAUCCCGGUUCAGAUGACCUUGAGGCCAAAAACAGCACUCUAAAAACAGGGUACGACACAUUGGUGCUUAGCGAAGGGUCAUUUCGUGGACUGGUUGAAGAUCAAGAUCCGCAAAACAAUAGCGACAUCGGGGCUUUGAGGCACACCUGCUGGACGUACUGGGGACACAGUGGUGCCGGUUUGUUUGACCGAACGACAGGGAGUUUGGUAGGAGUGCAUUCAAGCUGGGAUGAGAAGACAGGUAUGAGGAGAGGGAUACCACUCGAAGCAGCGGUAUCAUUUCUUGAGGAAUUUGAGCUUAGUAGGCGAGAGGCCUUUGGGGGGAGUUGGCAAUGUAAUACACGUGAGUAUGACUUCACCAUCGCCAAUAUCGUGUCCAAUUCUCAACAGCUGCCAGCAUAUUCUCUCAUGCAGGGCAAAAUCAACAAGAUUUGA